AUGUCGAAGGACUUCGCGAUCAAGUCAGAUUGCCCUGUUCCAGCUUCCGAUCUUAGCAGCGAGGAAGAUCGCCUUUCUGCCUGGUUGAACACUGCAUUGGAGGAGAGCGCCAACAAGCCGUUCAAGGUCGCUAACACCUCGGCUCUCCCCAGCCUGGGGAAGCAUUUCCACGGCCAGCUCGAGAAGGGGCUUUUCAUUUAUAUCCUGGUGUGGGUUAUCUUCAGCCUUCAGCAAAGCGAGCGCCAAAUCAAACUUGCGCCACUCUACCGCAUGGUAAAGAUCACCUGGCGUAAAGGCCGCACCCUGUUCAAGGAGGAAGAGCGCACAUCGUUCCUCUCCUUGGUUGAAUGCGGACCCUACGGACGUAAUGGUAGCUCCAAAAGGUGUUAG